AUGCCCUUGACAUUCAAAGCAGAGGACUGGGCCCUCCCCAAGGAGGACUCGUGCAUCGCCCCAGACAAUGUCUGGUCCAACAAAGACAUGGACCCGUCGCCUGCCGAGCACCGUACCUGGACCGGGUGGACUUUCUUUACCUACUGGGUCUCUGACCUGAUGUACCCCGCUUCGUGGGCUACCGUCUCGUCCUUUGUCACUCUUGGUCUCACUUGGUGGGAGUCUUGUCUUGCUGUGCUUGUCGGCUCUGUCUUUGUCGCCACGGUCAUCACUGCCAAUGGUAUCAUUGGUGCGACCACACAUACGCCCUUUGCAGUGACGACGCGUACCACUUUCGGCUACUGGGGGAGCAAGUUUGUUGUCUUUAACGGGAGCACUGACCGCCACCAGUCGCGUGCCGUCAUUGCCUGCUUCUGGCUUUCGAUCAACUCGUGGUCGGGUGGCAAGUUUGUCACGGUCAUGAUCACUGCCAUCUGGCCUCAGUACGCUAGGCUGCCGAACAUGGUGCCCGUCGCACAGGGUGCGACUACGGCCGACUUCCUGUCCUUCUUCCUGUUCUGGCUUCUCCAGCUGCCGUUCAUCUUCAUCCACCCGUCCAAGCUCAAGAUGGUCUUCAACAUCAAGGCCGUGAUUGUGCCUAUUGUGGCUAUCGGAACUCUUAUCUGGGCGGUCAAGAUUGCUGGUCCCGAAGCCGGUCCUCUCCUCCGUUCGGGUCGCAACCGUACCUCUGGUGGCAAGAUGCGCUUUAUUGCGUUCAUGACCUCGGUCACUGCCGUGCAGGGCACUUGGGCCACCCUCUCGCUCAACAUUGGUGACUUUUCACGUUACUGCAAGAAGCCCGGCUCCAACUGGAUGCAGCUGAUCGUGUUUCCCCUCAUUAACACCAUCGUCUCCAUCUUUGCUGCCAUCUCGGCUACGUGCUGCUACGCGGUCUACAACGAGGAACUCUACCAGCCGUACGACCUGCUUGCCAAGUGGAACACCUCUGCCGGUGGCCGCGCAGCCAUGUUCCUGGGCGGCCUCGCCUGGGCCCUGUCCAACGUCACCACCAACAUCACGGCCAACUCGAUCUCUGCUGCCAACGACAUGUGCUCGCUUGCGCCCAAGUACAUCAACAUCCGUCGUGGACAGAUGAUUGCCAUCACCGUCGGUGUCUGGGGCUUUGUUCCCUGGAAGGUGCUCAACUCUGCGGCCAACUUCCUCGCCUUCAUGUCGUCGUACUCGAUCGUCCUUGCGCCUAUCGCCAUGCUCAUGGUCGUCGACUAUUACGUUGUCAAGCACCAAAAGUACGACAUUUACGAAAUGUACAAGCCCAACGGCAUCUACCGCUACGUCAAGGGCUGGAACUGGAGGGCGUACCUUGCGCUCAUCUGCGCGUUCGCUCCCAACCUCCCGGGCAUGUGCCAUGCCAUCAACAACAGCAUUGACAUUGGAAACAUCCAGUAUGUCUACAUGGUGUCCAACUUGGUCGCGUACGUCAUUUCCAUCUCGGUCUACCUCACGGCCAACCACUUCUGGCCCGCGCCCGAGUCCAUCAUCGAGGUUGCGGUCCACGAUGUCAUCCGCCCGGAGAAGUCGAGCCUCGACUCGGCAGAUGAGCCCCCUCUUGAAGUCACCAUCUCCCACCUGUAA